UUAUCCCUAGACGACGAAUUCAUUAUUGAUCAUGUAGACAGAAACGUUUUUACUUAUUUAUAAAAUAAUAUACAUAACAAUUUAUAUAUACGUAUUUUAUAUCAAGAUGCGUACCAUAUCGCAUAUGUCGAAGAUAAUUUAUUGUAACGGUGUUGUGAAGUUACAAAGAAUUUGUUCUACGUUUUCUCGUUUUACUGGCCGAAAUAUGGUUUCGAAUUCAUGUGAACAAAGAGUUUGGAGAAGUCUCGAGAUAGAUGACAAGGCAUAUGUAGUCUGUUUUACAAAAGAAAACGAAUCGUGGAAGGUGAUUUUGACAGAUCUAAUAGAGAUUUGGACAGAAAAUUUGACGUACAAAAUCAUUCUUUGCAAGUUUGAGACUUCGAAUCGACUCGUGGACUUUUCCAAAGUUUCAAACUGGAAGCAACUGGUAAUGGACAUGUUAAACGAUAUUCCCAAACAUGUUGUAGAAACUUCCAUAUCUCAGAUAAAACUGCAGAAAGAUUGGCACUUUGGAAAGUUGAAAUUCUCUCUAGAUCUCGUUAAAGGUACACCACAACAGUUUUGGGAAUAUGUUAUGAAGCCAUUCUGUUUGUCGUCGAUGGAGAUAGUUCAUCAACAUGGGAUCUUAUUGGACCUGGUGAAGAAGAAGGACGAGGAAAUCGCCGAGUACAAAGCAGGCGGAGCGGUGUUACUCAGGAAAUAUAUCGCUACGGAACCGUUCAGCAAAGAAUUGUUUCAAGUUGCCGUCCCAGUUGCAACUAACUUUACAAAAAUAUUCCAGUCGAUGUUUAAUUCUUCCAAUAUUACAACUUUGUCGAGAACACAAGUGAAGAUAGAGCCUGAAGUAUCUUUGAAUGAUGCAAGCGACGAUAUUCCUAGGAUCAAUGGAAGCGAGACUGCUAGUUCAUCUAAGGAUGAAUCUGUACAGAAGACAAAGCAAGAUAAAUCCAGUAAAGACGAGAAAAGCGAAGAAAACAAAUGCGAAACGAAUUCAACUACCGGCGGGUCUUCAAUUUUGAAGUUAAGCAGCUCAUCUUAUAGCAUACAGAAGUCUUUGAAAAAGAAGAAGAAAACGUUGAGCGAUCUUAUACGAUAGAAAAAUAUUCAGCUGUGCAUUGUUACUUGUUAUUUAAUUGUUAUUUACAUCGUAAAUUUAAAUUUUACUUCUGGAUUUGCUUGAAGGCAAAGCAAUUUUAUAUUCUUGAGGAAUGCUACAAUUAUUUAUUAAUUAUUUGCUGAGGAAAAGCAGAAGAGAUAUAUUUGUACAUAUGGCUCAUAUCUACAUUACGCUAGACCAAAUGUAACGAGAUAA